ACUAUGUAGCCAGCUUGGAAAAACCAGAAAAACAUACCUGAGUGGACGGAGUGCGAGUAGAGAGCAUUGAAGAAAUAUCAUAGAGUCCGGACUUGCCUUUGGAUGUGUCAGAGGGCAUCAGAUUGCCCCUCCCGCCCUUGUCACCCCACGCGGAAGUGAAGCUUUCGGUGACUUCCCAACUUUGCUGCACUCGUCAGAAGCCUCUCCGACAUUGUGGAAACUUUGGAGUGACAUCGGAGGCUUUCCCCGCAAGUUGAGUACCAAACCUCCUGCAGGCUGAAGGGACACGACCCCCCACCGAGAUACACUAAGGAUCCUGAUGAAUUUGCCAGGUUGUAACCCCCCGCCGGCCGUGCUCUCCCGCCGCACGAGGAGCACUUGGCAGCGCCAGGUUGGGCGCGCCCCAGCCCUGAGGUCGGAGGAGGUGAGCGCUCGGCGUAGACGCUGGAGACCCAAAACCCCGGUCUUGAUUGUCUCUGCUCUCCUGCAACUGGUGCUAGCUGCCUCACUCACAACCACAAGACUGAACAGGGUUCACCAGCAACUAGCUGCCCCACAGCGAUGGAAUGCCACACUCUCAGAGAAGUGUCCUCCAGGGUUCUAUCUAUCAAAACACAGUGGAGAUUGUACAAGACGCACAGAUAAUGAGGAUUUUACCGAUCACUCGAACACCCUCCCUUCUUGCCACCUCUGCUCUAUAUGCCCUCCAGAUAAAGAAGAAAUAGCUCCAUGCACCGGGACGAGGAACACCCAGUGUCGAUGUAAACCUGGCACUUACCAGGAUGAAGAUUCUACUGAGUUCUGCCAAAAGUGCAGCCCUAGGUGCCCUGAUGGCAAGGUUGAGGCCAAGUCCUGUACGCCCUGGAACGACCUCAAGUGUGUGGACCAAGAAUCAGGUACCCAGGCCCAUGGGGACGCCCCGGAUCCUGGACAGCUGGUGACCACCAGUCUUCCCACAGCUCUCUCUCCCUCCUCAGGCACUCCAGAGUGGGUGAUCCUCGCAUUUGUAGUCAUAGUUGUGAUUGUCCUGGUGUUCGGGCUGGCUGUAUUUGUAUAUUGUCGUCUCAGGAGCUGUAUCCUUCAAGGUUCUGGAGCGGCCACCAUGUGCAGGAACAGAGUCUUUUUUUGGUGCUCACAUGCCCCAAGAGGGCCUGAGGCUCUGGACAAUGCCUGCAACAUGGCCCUGAGCAACGGAGAUUUGCUACCUACACUGGCCUCUGAACAGGAACUGGAACACCAGGAGCAUGCAGAGCUGGCAGGUGUCAUGGUAGAGUCCCCAGGAGAAACAGAGCAUCUGCUGAGACCAGCAGGCACGGAUGGGUCUCAGAUGAGAAGGGGCCUACUGGUUCCAGCAAAUGACGAAGAUCCCGUAGAAAGCCUGAGGCACUUCUUCGAUGACUUCUCAAACAUGAUUCCCUUUAAUUCCUGGAACCCACUCAUGAGGUCGAUGGGCCUCACGGACAAUGAUAUCUGUGUGGCCAGAGCACGAACCAUGGACCAGAAGGAAGCCUUGUAUGAAAUGCUGAUGACCUGGGUCAACACCAGGGGGCGAGAUGCCUCAGUCAACACCCUGCUGGAUGCCUUGGAAAGACUGGGGAACAGAAAUGCAAAGGAGAGGAUUUGCGACCACCUGGUGAAAUCUGGAAAGUAUGUCUAUGAAGUAGGUGAGGCAGCUUCUGUGGUUUCCUAGUGAAAAGACUCUCUUUAGGAGACCAGAGCUUUCCUAGCUUACCUUUUCUCCUCAAAAGGGGUGUAAAACUGCACACUACCCUGGACGAAGCUACCAGUACUGGAACAGUAUUUGAAGUUCUGUAAUCCAAAAGCGUACAGCUCUUGAGAUGUCCUACAACUUUUUCAAUGUUUGUUGUUUUCUAUGGAUAUUUAUAUGUUUAUGUGAACUGAAAGUUAUUUUAGUUGUGGUAUUUUUUCAUUUUUAAUAGACCUGCACUUUUUUUGUUGCCGUAUUGUAAAACCAAUGUUGCUGUAUGCCCAUUUAUUUAUGACUAACUGUGAUAUGCAUCUGUGAAAGCUUAUUCUUGUAUUAUUAUUUAUUAAUUGUAUUACUUUCCAUACUCACAACUCAGCUAUGGAUAUGGGUGAUGAGGGUGGGAGGCACACCAGAUACAUUCUGUCAUAUGCCAUUUCAGGUCAUAUUAGUGACCUUCAGCCCCAUCAAUCAGGUUUCAGCUUAGUUGUCUCUGUUAGUGAACUUAAGUGUCCAUCUAAAGUAGGGGUGGGGAACCUUUUUUCUUCCAAGGGCCAUUUGGAUAUUUAUAACAUCAUUCUCAGGUCAUACAAAAU